AUGGUUUCUCCAGCUAUUAGAGUCGCUCCCUCAGCGGCGAAUCGGGCCCUGAACUUGCUACGCACAGUACAAUAUACUCACCCACCCAACUGCCCGUGUCACAAAAACCCCAGCCAUCACCAUAACCACAAGCAAAGCUCCUCUCUGCUGAACCAUGUGAAGCGUCGCAUGUCCACACCUGUGGACCGUUCGCGCGAAAAGGAAUAUGCUUUUGAGAUGGCGGCGUCUAGCGUCCGCUUCGGACCCGGUGCAACCAAGGAGGUCGGAAUGGACUUUACCAACCUCGGCGCUAAGCGUGUGUGCAUUGUCACCGAUUCCAAUGUCGCCAAGCUGGAUGCUAUGAAACAGGCUGUUGAGGGUCUUACUCGUGAGGGCAUUGAGUUUACUAUCUUUGACAAAGUUCGCACCGAGCCCAAGGAUAGCUCUGUGAAGGAAGCCAUCGCUUUCGCGAAGCCCUAUAACCCCGAUGCCUUCUUGGCGGUUGGAGGCGGCUCUGUUAUUGACACGGCCAAACUAAUGAACCUAUACACCGUAUUCCCCGAAGCAGACUUCCUUGACUUCGUCAACGCACCCUUGGGCAAAGGUCUCCCCGUAGACAAGCCCCUCCGCCCCCUCGUUGCCGUCCCAACAACAGCAGGCACGGGCUCGGAGACAACAGGUACUGCAAUCUUCGACCUAGUCUCCAAGAAAGCCAAAACAGGCAUCGCCCACCGCAACAUGAAGCCAACCCUUGGAAUCUGCGACCCGCUCAACACCCGCACCAUGCCCUCAGCCGUGGCCGCUGCUUCCGGCCUCGACGUCCUCUGCCACUCUCUCGAAUCCUGGACCGCAAUCCCAUACUACGAGCGCACCCCGCGCCCGACAAACCCCAUCAACCGGCCCGCGUACCAGGGCGCAAACCCCAUCUCUGACAUCUUCUCUCUCGCUUCCCUGCGCGCAACAGUCAAAUACCUACCGCGCGCAGUCCGCGAUCCAGAUGACCACGAAGCACAGUCAGAGAUGCUGCUCGCGGCUACACUGGCCGGUGUCGGCUUCGGAAAUGCUGGCGUUCAUCUCUGCCACGGUAUGAGUUAUCCCAUCUCCAGCCAGAAUCCUGGAUAUAAGCAUGCGGGCUAUCAGGUCGAUCACACAAUUAUCCCUCACGGUGUUUCUGUGGCUGUCACCGCACCUGCCGUCUUCCGCUUUACCGCGGCGUCAAACCCCGAUCGCCAUCUUGCGGCGGCUGAGGCGUUUGGUGUGGAUAUCUCGAAUGUUAAGCGUGAAAGUGCGGGUGAAGUGCUUGGUGAGGCGAUUGCGCAGUUCCUUGUUACGCUUGGCGAUCAGCCCCGUGGAUUGAAGGAUCUAGGUUUCAAGGCCGCGGACUUGGAAGGAUUGGUUGAUGGAACCAUCCCGCAGCAGCGGGUGCUUAUGCUUGCGCCAAAUUUGAGUAAGGAGUUGGAGGCUGAGAGGGGCGAGUUGAGGAACUUGCUCGAACAGUCUUUGGAUUAUUAG